AUUAUCUUACUUUAUACAAAAUAUGAAGUUCAUUCAGAUACUCUUCGUUCUGGCCAUGCUAAUGCCUUUGGUCAUUGCUGAUUCAGAAACACAAACACCACACAAAGAAGAAUCACGAUUCCUCACUUACGUUAAAAACCCCGCAGCCCCAUCUUCUGAAAGUGAAAAAUUUGCCUCUCUCCGAGGCGUGCAUGGCCAUAAUAAAAAUGUGCAUGGGGUCAUGACUUGUGAUAAGUACCCUAGAGUUUGUCGUGUUAAGGGCAGCGAAGGGCCUGAUUGUUGCCGCAGAAAAUGUGUGAAUGUCUCAACGGACAGAAACAACUGUGGCAUGUGUGGAAAGAGGUGCAAGUACUCUCAGGUGUGUUGCAAAGGUAAGUGUGUCAACACCAUGUUCGACAAGCACCAUUGUGGAAAAUGUGGCAACAAGUGCAACAAAGGGGAUUCCUGCGUUUAUGGUUUGUGCAGCUAUGCGUGAAUCAAUUAAUCAUGGGGGACAUUCACUCCGAACGUAUGCCAAUAAUUAACUAAUUAGUUUUCAUUAUUAUUUGGUUAUAUUUAAUUAUUUAUAGAAUUAAAGAUAUAAUGAUCGAGAAAAAUGUAAUCAAUUUGUUGUAUGUGACUAAAUAAACGAGCGCAAGUGAUCAUUAUAGGAUGAUAGAUGAUCUUUGCCGCUGUAUGAUAAUUUCAGUCCAUCUGUUGUGUAACUAUGAUUUUUUCAUCGGUUGUAGUUGAAUAAAUUAAUUCUUAUAUUUAUAGCUGU